GGAGAGCUGGUAGCUGGUGUGUAAAACUGCAGAGAUGCGCUGCAUUGAAAAACAAGGAAAAGGCGGUGGAAAGUAGCCGUUAAAUGGAUAUAACCGUCUGACAUGCACCGAGACGCCGAGAGAGUCCGUUUCCGCUGAGCAUUUCGGGGCUAACCCCCUCCUAGUGCCAGGGUAGCUCGGGUCGCGGUGCAUCGAUCCAGGACACACUCGGGAGCGGUCCCGUCAUGGGGAACGAGGCGAGCCUAGAAGGCGGCGAAGGCCCGCUGUCGGGGCUGCCGGAGGGUCUGGCGCCCGACGGGGCCGGCGGUUUCGUGCGUGUCCCCGGCGGAGCUCCGGUGGACCUGGCGGAGCUGAGCGAGGAGCAGCGGAAGCAGCUCGCCGCGGUGAUGUCAAGGGCGCAGGGCAGGCAGCCUGGGGGUUCAGCGGCCGCACGAAGGGGCCCGACAGGCCUCAGUAAGAGUCGCACUGUAGACGCCUUCAACCAGAGUCCCCUUGGCAGGCCCUCGACAGGCCGUAGCCCCUCGUCCCUCAACCUCUUUGAGUCCCGAUUCCGGCAGGAGCCUAAGGACCCUGAGAGCAAGCCGUCCGGCAUGUUUGGCUCCAGCUUUCUCAGUGGGGCCAACCCCCUCAGCGCUGUUUCCUCCAUGACCUCCUCCGUCUCAUCCUCCAUCUCCUCAAUGGGUGACGCUGUCAACAUCCCCAAAUUCGGACUUUUUGGAGAUGAGGAGGAAGGAGCUACACCUGAAGCCAGACCGACAGGGAAACAACAAGCCAAGGGUCCUCAGCAAGGAUCAGGUCCUAAGGGGCCACAGCAAGGGGCACCCCAGAAUCAGGGUCAAGGCCCUCCUGGACAGGGGCCUAAGCAAGGGAAAGGACCACAAGGCCAGGGGCCCAAAUCAGCUCAGGGACCUCCUGGACAGGCUCCCAGGCAAGGCCACGGACAGCCAGGACAAGGGCCUCCAGAAAAACAGGGCCCCAGACAAGGUCAAGGACCACCAGCUCAGCAAGGACCUAAACAAAGUCAAGGCCCACCCAGUCAGCAAGGACCCAGACAAGAUCAAGAACCACCAGAUCAACAAAGACCUAAACAAAGUCAAGGCACACCUAGUCAGCAAGUACAGAGACAAGGUCAAGGCUUACCUGGUCAGCAAGGACCCAGACAGGGUCAGGGCUCACCAGAUCAGCAAGGACCCAGACAGGGUCAAGGCCCACCAGGUCAGCAAGGACCUAAACAAAGUCAAGGCCCACCUAGUCAGCAAGGACCUAGACAAGGUCAAGAACCACCAGGUCAGCAUGGACCUAAACAGAGUCAAGGCCCACCUAGUCAGCAAGGACAGAGACAAGGUCAAGACCUACCUGGUCAGCAAGGACCCAGACAGGGUCAAGGCCCACCUGGUCAGCAAGGACCCAGACAGGGUCAAGGCCCACCUGGUCAGCAAGGACCCAGACAGGGUCAAGGCCCCCCAGGUCAGCAAGGCCCCAGACAAGGCCAAGGCCCACCAGGUCCGGGUGCAAAACAGACACAAGGUGGUCCUCCACAGCCAAAAGAACCUGCAAAGCCUGGACCUAAUCAGCAGGGAUCAGCAGGCUCUGGCGCUCAUCCUGGAAAGCCAGCCAGGAAUCCACAAGGGCCUGGGAAUCCUGGAGGUGGGCUCUGUCCACUGUGUAAGACCACCCAGCUGAACACGGGCUCUAAGGACCCCCCAAAUUACAACAACUGCACCGAGUGCAAGAACCAAGUUUGCAGCCUGUGUGGAUUCAGCCCCCCGGACUCAGCGGGGAAAGAAUGGCUAUGUCUCAACUGCCAGAUGCAGCGAGCCAUGGGGGGCAUGGACCCCCCUGGCAUAAUGAAGCCCAAACAAGGUUCAGCUCCACCCUCGCCGCAGAAACAGGCGGCAGGCAAGCCUGGCAAGCUUCUCAUCAAGCAGCAAAGUACCACCGAACAUGGCUUAACACCACCAACAACUCCAAGGCAGAAAUCCCCAAGCUCUCCAGGACCGCUUUCCCCGGGUUCCUCAUUGGGAGGCUCCCCCAAGAUUGACCCCAAGACUGGCCGCCCUAUCCAGCAGAAGUCCAGCCCGCAGCAAUCACCGGCUAAAGCCAAACAAGAGUCCAGCUUCUUUGGGGGGUUUGGAGGUAUCAGUUUUGGAGGUUUGAGCGAUUCAGCCAAGCCAACUGCGGCUUCAUCACAAGCAGCUGAGUCCGUCACUGGCAAACUGUUUGGAGGUUUUGGUGGAUUGAUGGAGUCAGCCAAGCCUCAGGCGGCUCCAAAGCAGGAGGAGUCUGUGACUGGGAAACUGUUUGGAGGUUUCGGAGGUUUGUCGGAGGCAGCGAAACCACCAGCCGCCGCCUCUCAGAUGUUCACCUUCGGGUCGUCGCUCUUGAACACGGCCACCAGUCUCGUUACUGGAGAGGAAGAGAAGGCGGCAGACUCUCCACCGGGGUCGCCAGCAGACUCGGGCCCUGGGUCCUUGCCAGAUUCUCCCUUCUCCGGUCCCGGCUCUCCCCCCGAUUCGGAUUCUGCGCCUGACACCCCGCCAGCUAAAUCCAAGAAGGCACAGAGGACCUUGUCUGUGGAGCGUGAGGCAGCUGACAAGACACCCGAAACUAAGGAAAACUGUCCUUUGUGUAGCGUGGAGCUGAACGUGGGAUCAUCAGAAGCGCCCAACUUCAACCUCUGCACAGAGUGCAAGAAGAUUGUGUGCAACCUUUGUGGAUUCAACCCCACUCCUCACUUAGGAGAGAAAGAAUGGCUUUGCCUCAACUGUCAAACAAGAAGAGCCAAUCAGUUGGAUGAUGUGCUACCACUGGCGACGACUUCCCCAAAGAAGCUACCACCUCCUAUCACUCCCGAUCCCUCCUCCACCUCUGCCCCUGCUGCUGUAGUUAGCAAACCCGUAGUAGAAGACCAAACCCCGCCAGCCCCUGAGACUAAGGUAGAAGCUACACCUUCACUGAUAUUGCAUGACCACAACAAGCCACUCUCUGUUAACCAAGAAAAAAUCUUAGACCGAUCGCUAUCAGCCGAAGCUGACAUCUCAGAGGCUGUAGCUUCUAUUGUACCUAAAGUUAAAGAACAGCAGCAACCUGGCUCUGACAUUGAAAAAUCUGAUGCUAAGAAAAAUACCGCCAAAGCAAUCCCAGUUGUUGAGAAAAGUAAUUCGAACUCAGACAUAGCAGUCCCUGUAGAUAAAUAUAAGACACAAAAUGAUAUUGAAACAGCAGCAGCCGAGGGAAAUCCAAGUUCCCCUGAACAGGUGAUGGAGAACUUUUCUGAGGUCCCUGAUUCAAGUAUUAAUGAGGCGACGACACCCACAAACGUAGAAAAAGACACAAAUCUCUCUAUAGGCCAGAGUGACUUGACCAGUAGCGAAACUAAUCAACUAGAGCCACCUCAAUUGGAUUCAAAAACAACAAAACAACUCCAAAAUGAAGUGUUGGAUUUAAGUGAGGUGCCUCCUAUAGAUGAGUCAACUCCACAAAAUCAGAUGGUGGAUUCUGCUUUGAACGUAGACUCUACAAAUAUCACUCAAAAAUCUGAGGCUGAAAGUGUUGACAAUACAGGUGAACUCAGCGCAGAACCUGAGCCAACUGUAGAGACGCCACCAAGCAAAGAGGAUGCUCCUGUUGACUUUCUCGCGAAUGCACCUCUGUUAGCUAAAACUGAGCCUGCUAAACAUGAGAUGCAGGAAACAGAGUCUGAUCCAUCAAAACACAUAGAAUCGAUCAGUAAUCAAGCAGAGACGAGUCAGGCUGAUCAAUUAGGAUUUGUAGAAAAACAGCAGGAGCCCGAAAAUAAGUUACUUGCUGUUUCUCAAAAUGAAACCACUGCUGUUGAAAAUGCACCACUGACUAUAGCUGCUGAUCCGGAAGUAUCUGUCCAAGGCGGUGCGGAAAAGUUAGCUGAGUUGGAGACAGUAAUGGACACUAUCAUAGUGAUGCAGGAAACAGAGUCUGAUCCAUCAAAACACAUAAAAUCGAUCAAUAAUCAAGCAGAGACAAGUCAGGCUGAUCAAUUAGGAUUUCUAGAAAAACAGCAGGAGCCCAAAAAUAAGUUACUUCCUGUUUCUCAAAAUGACACCACUGCUGUUGAAAAUACGUCACUGACUAUAGCUGCUGAUCCGGAAGUAUCUGUCCAAGGCGGUGCGGAAAAGUUAGCUGAGUUGGAGACAGUAAUGGACACUUUCAUAGAAGAAACAAAUACUAAAAAGGAGACUUCGGAAAGAAAAAACGAGAAGCCAGCUGUUGAGAUAAAGUGUGAUGACUUUGCAGAGGUAAAUAAAAAAAAUGUCUUGGAGACAGCCGGCGAGGAGAAAGCUGAUCAAAUAAGUUCUGUUGAACAAACUGACAAGAUAAAGGCAAUUGAGCAGAAACUUCUUAAUGAGCUGGGUUCUGCUGAAACAGUACCAGGAAACAAUAAUAUUGACACUCAAAAUGAGCCUGAGCUUCAAGAGGUAGAGCAAGAAACAAAUCACAAGCUACCUUCUGCUCAAGAGAGCUUUGUUCAAACAGCUUCACCGCCAGAGACGUCAACAGAGACAGAGAAAGAUGGCAAUGUCUUGCUAAAAGAGCAUGAUGAUUAUAAAAAAGCUGUGGUUCCAAAUUCUAAAGAUUGUGAAAAGGUCAGAACCAAACAGUUAAUUCAGAGUGAGAUCUUAGUUUCUCCCUCAGCUGCCAUUAGUCAGAUGCAAGUCAGCAAUAAAACCCUCAAGGAGAAAGUAAUCCCAGAUACAAACAGUAUUGGUGAAAAUGUUACACAAUGUCAUAAGGAAGCACUCGACAUAGUGGAAAAACACUCUGCCUUUGAGAGUGACGCAAACAAAAACAGUGUUGGCUCAUUACCUGCCACAAGCGAUAUUCAGGAAUCUAUUUCAGUAUCAGAGGCGAGCGUAGUCGGCGCCAAAGAUGGCACAGCAGAGAUUGGAGCAGGGAAUAACGUCACAUCACAGAACAACAAAGUGUUAGAUGAAGGUGUUGAAAAUAGCAAUGCUUCUAUAUUAGUAGAUUCAGCCCCUGUAGCAAAACCCCAUAUUGUAGACUUUGUAGAUUGUGAGCAGAACACUGAAGACGCUAGUUCGAUGGAGAAAAAGGUGGGCCAAACUGAACUUCAGGGAAAGCAGUGUGAAGAAGAUGCAAUGCAUGAGGUCAAGAAGAUUGGGACCCUAAAGGAGCCCGCAGAAAGAGAAAGGGCCACCAGUGAGUGCAGUGCUACCAGCCCCUCAGACCUGGCAAAGCUAGAAAGCACAGUUCUACCCAUUCUUGAGGCACAAGCAAAGGGUGGCAAUCAAACAGACACAUUAAAGACCAGACGUAAAUUAGACGUCCUUCCUCUGUCACCUGACUCCCCUUGCUCAGAAGAUGACAGAGAACUUGGCAAAACCAACGCAAAGAAAAAGCUCCUGGUACCGCUGGACGUCAAGGUGGAUUCUCUGGAUGAUAGCAGCGAAAGCUUUGGAAAAGAAAGUCCAAUAUCGGGCGAUGACGAGGACUUCAUCCGCAAACAGAUCAUAGAAAUGAGUGAAAAUGAGGACGCCUCACCGUCCGAUGAGGAGAACCCAAUAAAGCAAAAAAUCAGAGAGGAUGAGAGGAAAAAAGUGGAGCGUAAGAAAACUGCUCCUUUGGAGAGGAGUGCAUCAGGAAAAGCCAAAAGGCUAACCAAGAAGAACUCUGUAUGUCCAAAUGAUGAUGAAGAUGAAGAACUGCAGAGCUCUCCGAAAAAAGCUGAAGUAGUGGAGGCAGCAGAGAUAAAAGAAGAGGAAUUUCAUCCGGCCACCGCAGUUCGUUUAUUUCCAACAAUGGAGCUGAAUACAAGCAGCAGCCCUGUGUGUAUAACUAAUGUUGAGCUAGACCUUGAGAUGGAAUGUCUUACGGAUUCACCAGAUGAUCGAUCCAAAGGAGAGGGGUCAUCAAGUCUACACGCGUCCAGCUUUACACCCGGGACAUCCCCAACAUCUGUGUCUUCACUGGAGGAAGACAGCGACAGCAGCAGUCCCAGCUAUGUCCGCUCUGGUGAGAGCAGGCAACAUAGAAAAGCCAAACACAGACAGCCUGGACAGAUGCUGCCUACUAUUGAAGACUCGUCUGAAGAAGAAGAGAUGCGUGAAGAAGAAGAGCUACUCAGGGAGCAGGAAAAACAAAGGGGAUCUGGUAAAAAAUCCAAAAAAGACAAAGAGGAGGUUCGAGGCCAGAGGAGGCGUGACCGUUCGAAGACGCCCCCAAGCAACCUUUCCCCUAUUGAAGAUGCUUCGCCAACAGAAGAACUGAGGCAAGAGGCUGAGAUGGAGGAAAUUAGGCGCUCCUCCUGCUCUGAUUUCUCCCCUAGCAUUGAAUCGGACCCUGAAGGGUUUGAAAUCCACGCUGCAAAAAUUGCAGCAGUUCAGAAAACAUACAAAUUACCCAUGUCUGUAUCCCUUCACUCUCCAACAGAAGUUCUAAACACAGAUAAAACGAAAAAAACUCUUAGAUCUGCUGAUGAAGCGUAUGAGGAAAUAUUGCUGAGGGCUAAGUCUCCUACAGUUGAAAAUAUUGAGCUACAACCAGGAAAGGAGUCUCUUUAUGGAGGUCUGCUCAUUGAAGAUUAUGUGUUUGUCGAAAACUCAACAGGUGACGUUGGAGAGACAGAAAAGAUGAACGUUCCUGCUGAGCCGAAAAAGCUGAGAUCGCCAGAUGAAGUUUAUGAAGACAUGAUGAAGAAAAGGAAGGAAUUCAUGAAACUAGAACAGGAAUAUCACAAUAUGCAACCACAAAUAGGAAGCACAAACCCAGAAAUUGUUUUGCAGCCUGCUGACAAUACUUCAUCCAACAUCAGUCAAGUAACUCUGGGAAAGGAUGAAAAACCAUUGUUGGAUGCUGACACCGCAUACGAGGAACUCAUGAAGAAAGUCCUGACUCCUGGAACAAGUCCGACUUUACAAGAGUCAGAAAUGGAUGCCACCUCAUCCAGAAGGGCUCUUUAUCCAAUCCCAGACCUAAGAGUCACACAGUGUUCCUCAGGAGAGUUAUCCUCUGACGAAGAGAGUAUCAUUAAAAAGGAGGAAGUUAAAUCAGACAUGACUGUGGAAACUACUACUGCUCCAUCAGAUGAGCAAACACACCCCCCCGUUACAGCAUCCCAAACUGACAUUGUUGACCUGUCAAGUCCAAUUCCAAUGAUAUUAGACCCUGUUACUGCAAGUGUGACCACCUUGCCCACAGUCCCCCAGUAUGCACAGGGUACUCCUAGCAUCAUUACAACCGCCCCACCUGUUCCCCCUAAACCAAAUGUCCUGCGCCGGGCUAGUUCUCAGGAAAAAGCAGAUGUUGAACCACCACUGCCUCCUCCUACACCACAAAAACCUACAGUGUUUCCCAGGAAACCUCCAGUUCCACUCCCUCCUCAGGCUUCAGCUACUCAAGCAAGGCCAGAGACUGCUACCACGACUUCACAAGCAAAACAAUCAUUUACACCGACAUACAAACCCCAUGUUCCACCUCCUGUUCCCCCAAAACCCUCAAUUCCUUCUGGGAUUGGGGAAGGCACCAGGCCAAUACAUGUCAAACCACCAAUUGCACCGAAACCUUCCUCGCAGCCCCCCUCACCUGCACUUGGUCCACAUCCACCAAGACCGACCAUGCUGACCACAUGCUCCUCUGACAUAGCUUUGAAUCUCAGUCCCUCAUCUGAGAGCAAGCAAAGUCAACCCUCACCAAAGUCCCCUACUUCCCCAAGAUAUACGAGGAAUCUUCGCGAUACAUACGUGGUCAUCACACUCCCCUCCCAGCCAAGCUCUCCAGUCGAUGGCAUUUCAACUCAAGCCCCCUCUGACCCUGGCCCAGCAUCUCCUUCUAACCAAGCUCAGCACCAAAGCGAUCAUCAAACACAGGCUCAAUCGCAGCAGUCACCCCCUCCUCAUACAACUAGAAUGCCUCUAGCUUACACUCGAGUCAUUGAAUCUAUUGAAAGCCAAGAGAUAUGUAGCCCAGAAAAACAUGUAUCGAGCUCUUGCCACAUCAUCGAGGCUGUCACGGCCUCUGCACAGCUUCCUGUGGUAAUGCCAAACCUAAUCUCUCAAUUGGUUACCACUGAGUUGCAAAGAACUACAGUCUCGGUUGUGCACGAAAGGACGCCACCACCUGUGCCAGCUCCAAGGGCAAACGGAGUACCGAUUUCACUAGAGAAACACAAGACGCCAUUGCUUGCGCAGAAUGGUCAGAUAGUCUUGCCUGCUGAUGUAGUUGAUUUGAGGACUAUGAAGGUGGACGCAGAGUCGGACAUGAGCGGAGUAGAUUUGUCUUCUGGCCCAGACUCAAGACGGCAGUCUUUUGCUGCUGAUGCCAGUCGCCAGAGCAGUGCAGUGCAGUCGCCUGUUGUCAACCUGAGCACUGAAUCCUCCACUGUCUCAAUCAUGACUGAUAGCAUCACCAUUGUGACCUGCGCUGCUACCAUCCAAAAGUGUGAUAAUUUAGAAACCUCUAAAGCAUCUUCAAUUCCCUUACAGCUAACAAAAAACAAAGUAUUCGAACCAGUCUCACAAAUUGUGUACCGCUCCGUGGACUCUCAGCCUCCCGCUCAUUCUGGUGAGAUCCCAAUUAAUCUCACAGUUGGAUCUAGUACAGGUGGUGGAACCUUCCAAACACAACCUGUAUUCUCUGAACUUAACUCUAUUGCUGGUUGUGUUGCUAAUGGACUAACGGCAGGCACAACAUCAAUUGCAGGAGCUGUCGACUUGAGCACUGCAAAACCAUUUAAUACCGUAGUAUCAAUGGAUUCCGUUUCUACAGAGGUCGUCACAGCGGUGAUUGCAGAAGAGGACGGCAAACCAGUUGAUCUGACCGCAGGGAAAAGAGCAGUAUGCUGUGACGUUGUGUACAAGCUCCCCUUUGCUGGAAGCUGCACCGCACAGCAGCCCACAACACCUUUGCCCGAAGACCGUUUUGGAUAUCGUGAUGACCACUACCAGUAUGACCGCUCGCCAUAUGGCAUGAGGGGCUUUGGUGGCAUCAAACCGUCAAUGUCAGACACCAACCUGGCAGAAGCUGGCCUGUUCUUUUACAAGAGUAAGAACAGCUAUAAUUUCAGUGGCACCACAGACGGUGCGGUAGAUCUUUCCUCUACAAAGAUGUCUGAUGCAGGUGAAGCAGUUGACUACUCCAAGAAAGGGAUUUACGCAGGAAUGACAAUCCCUCCUUAUUCCCAAGCCAGAGUGACAAGUGGUGUUGGGACUCUCUUUGGUACAAGUAGUGUCUUGAGGUCAUCAAAUGGGGUGGUUUAUUCAUCUGUUGCUGCACCAAUUCCAUCUACAUAUGCAAUAACAACUCAACCAGGGUCCAUAUUUUGCACGUCGUACAACAGUCAAUCGAGUAUACAUACCAGCGAUACCAUGCCUUCGCUGUCGAACCUGCAGAAUUUGCCAUUGACACGAUCCCACAGUUUCCUGUCUACUGUCUCCAUUACUACAGCCACAGAGCAAGGCGAUACCCCUCUCAAUCUAGAGCUAACUAGUGUUAAUUCUGUCACCAAAGCAACAACCUCUUUAACCCUUGACACCUAUACGGAUGCAUCCCUCGAGGCAAUCGCUGCGUCAUUGGAGGCUCUUUCCUCACCCAUGGUUCCCGGAGAUGGUCAGUAUCAAGCAGAGCGUGAAAGGCUAGAAAUGGAGAAACUCAAGCAGCAGCGCCUUGCUGAGGAGCUGGAAUGGGAGCGCCACGAGAUUCAACGUUUUCGUGAGCAAGAGCAGCUGCUGGUGCAGAAGGAGCUGGAAGAGCUGCAGGUCAUGAAGCAGCAGAUCUUGACUCAGCAGGAAGAUGAAAGGCAAGCUCACCUAAUGAUGCAAAAAGAAACCUAUGCUCAGCAACAGCAGCAGCUUGAGCAAAUUCAAAGACUCCAAGAACAACUCCGUAUGCAGCUGGAGGAGCAAAAGCUUCGUCAGAUGUAUCCAGGUGGAGACAUGCUAGGAAACGGCAUCCAAGAGGCCGUUGUCUUGGGUCCUGACGGCACAGUGCUGUCGCGAAAGAUCACAGACAGUGGGUGCCAAACAGAUGAAGAGGAUGAGACACUAAACAAAGCAUACACGUCAGGGAGGAAAAAGAAGAGCAUCAAAAAGAGUGUUGACAGUUGUGUGCAGACUGAUGAUGAGGAUCAAGAGGAAUGGGAGUCUCAGAGAAGCCGACAGAACCGACCACGUACUGCCAGGGGAGAUAGGGCAGGCCAAUCUGAGAUAUCUCUUCAAGCCCACACUGAGAUUUCUAUACAAACAGACACAGAUGGAAAUAUCAUAAUGGACACGAGAAUGGAACUCUCUGACUCUGAAAGGACCUCGCCGAAGAAAAAACUCACACCCUUGGAGAUCGGUCUUUCUAACCUCAAAGCUGAGUCAUCCAUGCUUCAAGCACCACCUAAAUCCCCCAAUGUGCUCUACUCUCCCUUAUCGCCCUGCAUUUCACCCAGCAAAUCACUUGAGUUUGUAUCUUAUGAUAAAUCACUGGGUGAUAAAAGUCCUCAGAAGCUAAAGGGAAGCAUAGACCCUUUAAAUGUCUCUCCAGGAAGUCCAAGGGGGCCAAAGCCAAUGCAGAGAUCUAUGUCCGACCCCAAACCCAUGAGUCCAACAGGAGAAGACAGGAUAACAUCUGGUAACCAGUACAGUGAAACUGAGAGAGGCUCAGUUGGUACACCGACCGGCACUCAAAAGAAAGUGAAAAGGACUCUUCCCAACCCUCCCUCAGAUGAUGAGUCCACAGCCAGUGGUCAGACAGCAUAUAGUACCGGUUCCGCUCGCCGAAGAAUGUGCCGCAAUUCAAACAUGGCACGCGCCAAGAUCCUGCAAGACAUAGAUCGUGAGCUCAAUAUGGUAGAGCGUGAGUCGUCCAAACUCCGUAAAAAACAGGCAGAGCUGGACGAGGAGGAGAAAGAGAUCGAUGCCAAGCUAAGGUACUUGGAGAUGGGCAUUAAUCGGAGGAAAGACGUCCUGCUGAAGGAGCGGGAAAAGCGAGAGAGGGCUUAUUUACAGAGUGUGGCUGAAGACAGAGAUUAUAUGUCGGAUAGUGAGGUCAGCAACAUCCGAGAGGCAAGAGGUGCACAUGGAGAUGGUGAAGAUGAGGAAUUAGACACCCAUGGUCUUGAACGUCCAAGAACGGCACCUCAAUCAGAAUUGGACGACUUUGUUCCACCUCAAACCAAACAUGAAUAUGGAAAAUACACUCAGUACCAAUACUCUCAGGGCCAAUUUCAGCAGUCACUCUACCAGACCCCCCAGUCCUACCAGUCUCAUUCCAUCUACUCAUCUGUGCCCUCACUCACCAGCUCCCAGCAGCAAAGUUACCAUCAGAUGCUCCUGCUGCAGCAGAAAGCUGCCAGACAAGCUGCUCUACUCUCAGAACUAGAUGCCACCAAAUAUGACGUCAUCAGCCGCCAGCCUGAUCCCACAUCUUCGUCUUACCUCGGUGUUAAAUAUGACAAAUAUGGUAACCACCUGGACCUCAGAGCCUUGGAGGUAGGGAGUAUAGCAGGUAGCCCAAUGUCAACUGUGUCUGAUUCCUACUACAGCGACCUUGAUCACCACACACCAAGGAGCUACCUACUACUGGAAGAUGCUGCAGAGCUAGCUAAGAGCUCCACCGGUCUUUCUGCAUCGUAUAGUCUUGCUGAAAGAGAGCUGGCCAAAGCAGAGAAGCUGCUGCAACGGAGCGCUGCUGACCUUGGAUCAACUGAUUAUCUCGGGUCCAGCUCCAGGCUGCAUACGUAUGGAAAAACCCCGGAUGAAGAUGAUCCAAUGGAGGAACCCUAUGAGCUGAAGCUCCUAAAGCAGCAGCUCAAGCAAGAAUUCAGGAGAAGCACAAGUGGGACAGAGAGCUUGGACCCACUGACAGGUCUCUCCCAACACUACUAUACACCAAGUUCUGGUGUCUCCAGUUACUCUCAAAGACACUAUCCAAAGACGGAUAAGUACAGCAUCAGUCGAUUGACUCUGGAAAAGCAGGCGGCUAAACAACUUCCAGCAUCAAUGUUGUACCAAAAACACAAGACUCCAUUAUUAGAACCGAAUACUUCCACCAAGUACUCAAUUACUGAGAGCAGAGGUCUGGAUAUGGAUUAUACCAGCUAUUUGGGUUCUACUAGUGGUUCCCCAAGAUCCAGUCGACUCAUGCAGGAUGAGAUUACCUUUGGCCUUCGCAAGAAUAUCGCAGAGCAACAAAAAUACUUAGGCUCUACUUUGGGAGCUAACUUGGCUGGUUCGCUAAACCUGGGCCAGAGCAUGGGCUUAGACUCUGCUUAUCCCAGUGGUAGUCGUUCGAGACCUUCAUCUAGGCCUACGUCCUGCUAUGGCCUGGACUUGUCCAUCAAAAGAGACCCUUCCAGCUCCUCUCUGAGACUCAAAGGUGACGGCGAAGCCUCCUCAGAAGGGCCUAGUUUCCAAACACCCUCCGGUCGCACCAAACCCACCAGCCUGCCAAUCGUGCAAAGCGGGCGAGGGAGAAUACCCAUUGUGGCGCAGAACUCUGAGGAAGAAAGUCCACUGAGCCCCGUUGGGCAGCCUAUGGGCAUGGCUCGUGCUUCAGCGGGACCUCUGCCGCCCAUCUCGGCCGACUCCAGGGACCAGUUUGGUUCUUGCCUGUCGUUGCAGGACUCACAGCAGCAGCAGCAGCAUAUGAGAGAGGAAGCAAGCAGGGGUAGAGGGUAUGUGCUGCUGGAUGAUCUUCAGGGCACCAUGUCAGAUAGUGAAGCCCUAAGUGAUUCCCUGAUGCCUUUGAGCAGAGACGAUGCGGCCAAGGCCUACCACCUGAGACGAGAAGAGACCGACUGGUUCGACAAGCCCAGGGAUGGACGCUCGGAUAACGGACAGGAGAAGAGACAGGGUAAAGGCCCCUACUAUCCCUUCUCGCACCUAAGGGUCAAGCUGCAGAGAGAUCCUAAAGACCGCAGUGUCUCAGGGAACGGGCUGGGUAUCCGUGUGGUUGGCGGCAAAGAGGUGCCUGGCAGCAACGGAGAAAUCGGAGCCUACGUUGCCAAAGUUUUACCAGGUGGAGCCGCUGAACAAACGGGAAAAAAUCUUGAAGGAAUGCAAGUCUUGGAGUGGAAUGGCGUCAUCCUGACGGGGAAAACUUACGAAGAGGUGCAAGGGCUCGUGGGCCACUCAUGCAGUGAGGCGGAAAUGUGCGUCAGGCUGGAUCUCAACAUGCUGGCAGAGUUUGAAGGAUCCGAGCACCUGGACUUCCAGGAACACAGCAAAACUGAAAGACCGCCAAGAUCUCCAGGAGUGGACCCCAAGCAGCUGGCGGCCGAGCUACAAAAGGUCUCCCAACAGCAGGCUCCGUCCUCCUCGGCCACCUCCAGCCCUGCCCAUCCGGGCUCGCCGUCAGUCAGCAAGAAACGCCACAGUAGCAAGGCUGCAGAUGGAAACAAGACCCCUUCCCACCCCAUCACUGGUGACAUACAGCUUCAAAUCCACUACGACAAGCAGAUGGGUAACCUGAUCGUCCACGUCCUGCAAGCGCGAAACCUUGCCCCGCGUGACAACAACGGCUACUCAGAUCCCUUUGUCAAGGUCUACCUCCUGCCGGGGAGAGGUCAGGUCAUGGUUGUCCAGAACGCCAGUGCUGAGAACAAGAGGAGGUCAAAACACGCGGGCAAGAGCCUUAAUCCUGAGUGGAACCAGACUGUCAUCUACAAGAACAUCCACCUGGAGCAGUUGAGGAAGAAGACCCUCGAAGUGAGCGUGUGGGACUAUGACAAGUGUUCCUCCAAUGAUUUCCUGGGAGAGGUCCUCAUAGACCUGUCCGACACAGCCCAGCUGGACAACGUUCCCCACUGGCUCCCCCUCAAGCCACAAACUGAGAGCGACCACCACCGGCGCUCCCACCAGAGCCGACACAGCUCCUCCAAAGCGUCCUCGCAGCACUCGUCCCCCAAGACCGCAGGCUCCGCCCCUGACCAGGACUCCCCCAAGUCGUCGGUGAUCAAAAGCCGGAGCCACGGCAUCUUUCCGGAUCCGGCAAAAGACAUGCAGGUGCCCCCCCUCGAGAAAUCUCGCAGUAGCCCCGCCACAUCCAAGCCUUCCCCGUCCGAAGGCCAGAGUCAAAGCCCCCGCCACGGACAUGCGCAACACUCUCACUCACGCACCGCCAAAGGUGCCGCAUGGCAACGCCAUCAGGAGGGCCCUCAGCAACGCCUCCAACCAAGUAAACCAAGACGCCAGCGCCCCGGCCACCACAGGCACAGCGUUGAGGGUGUGCUCACCAUUCAGAGAGCUCAGUCUGAUUGGCUGCCCGCACUGCCGUCGCUGGCGCCGGCCAAUGGGAGCAGAGCGGACAGCAGACCCCCGACCCUCAGGAAGGCCGUGUCGGAGGAAAGGCCGACCGUCGCCCGAGCGCGGUCCAGCUACAGGUCAGGAGACGGCCCCGUCACCGCCGCCUCCUUGGACAGUGGCCUGAGCGGCAGCGCCUACAGCCUGUUGGACGAGGACGCAGAACUGAACGAGGUGGACAGCGCUAUCUUCCAGGUGCCGCGACUUGGGAAGAUUCCUAAUGGUACGGAUGGGAUGAAAUCAUCUAUGAUUGAUUCUGAUGGUAAGUCUCAGGUGAUGGGAGAGAUCAAGAUCGCUCUGAAGAAGGACGUGAGGACAGAAGGAGACCAGCUGGUCCUGGAGAUCCUUCAGUGUCGUAACAUCACAUACAAGUUUAAAACUGCAGACCACCUGCCUGACCUCUACGUGAAGCUCUACGUGGUCAAUAUCGCCACCCAGAAAAGGAUCAUCAAGAAGAAGACACGGGUGUGUCGUCACGAUCGCGAGCCGUCCUUCAACGAGACCUUUCGCUUCUGCAUGAACCCCGCCGGACACUCCUUACAGCUCUUCCUGGUAUCCAACGGCGGCAAGUUCAUGAAGAAGACGCUGAUCGGCGAGGCCUACGUGUGGCUGGACAAGGUGGACCUGCGUAAGCGUGUGGUGAGCUGGCACAAGCUGCUCGCCAGCACCGCUCAGAUUCACUCGUAGUAGGCGGCGCUCGCCUGGGUGUGUUUAGCCGUUUAUUUUUAGGCGUGGACGGAAAAAUCGGCAAAGUUAUUACAGGAAGUAGCGAGGGAGGAACAGGAACAGGAAGUGUCGACAGGAUGGCCCAAUCAAGCAGGUACAACAACACACGCUAAAUACAGGGAUACACAUGCUACAUGCUACAUGCUAAUUCAUCCCAGCAUUUUACCAAUGAUUCUUUAUUUUUCUAUUAUGAUAGAUAAUCCGUUCUUCAUGUCUGUACGAAGCAGUAUAUUUGAUACACACACACACACACACAAUCUCACACACACACUACCUAGCAUUCUACGCCGCUUGUUCACUUUAAACAGAGUUUUAUCAAAAGUCGCAUUUCUUUAUUAGCAUUAUACUGAAUUGGAGCCUUUGUGACGUGUGUGCACGUGUCAGUCAGUCUGGUUCACACACUGUACAUAGAAAAUCAUUUAAUAGAUCCAUAUAUAGAUAUAUAUAAAUUAUAUUUAUCACAGACAAUCAAGUCUUGGUGAUUGUUUUUAUUUCUCCACAACAAAAGCUUUUAUCUUGUGUGUUACUGCGCUUUUUUUUUUCUUUAGCGCUUUUUCCUCCUUGAAUGUAAAUUAUGAGAUCCACUCUCUCCCGACAGAUAUAGGAUAAUAUAAUAUUAUAUCAUAGCAAAUUUUAUUAUAAAAAGUAUGUUUGUUCAUGUGGUUUCUAUGCAGUAAUCAUAGCCAACGUGUCUCCAUGUUUUCACCAGACUGAAAUGUGACACAUUUAAAAUGUUUAAAACAUGUUUUCCUAAUUAAUUUGCACUUCUUUAUAGUAUUUUUUUCAUGUGUUUAGUUUUUGUUUUGUAAUUGAAUUUUGUGUUAUUUAUUCUCCGUGCAGGAGUGUUUACAGGCGUCGUAAAUCAUCAUGUCAUAAUAAGCUUUUGUAAAUGUCUCGUUUUAUGUUUGGAAACUCAGCGACUUUUUCCCGUUUACAAAAAAAAGAAAAAGUAUUAUUCCGAUUAAAAAGCGCCUAGUCGUUUUUUCCAGCCUCAUUUCGAGCGAUGACCAAAAAGACACACCGUUUAUCCCGCUUGUGGUUUUCAUGUCCGCGUGAGUGUUUUUUAUGACAUGGUUUGAAGUCCUUUUGCGUGUCACCGGCUCACAAACACAAAGGUGUAACAUCCCAGCCGUGUAAAUACAUCACCUUUUUUAAAACAGCGGGGUUAGGAGCAAAAGGUCCUUCGGAGGACCAUGUGAAAAAGACACAAUUUUAGAAAAAAAAAAAAAAGGUGGUGAUGUUUUCAGUUGUUUUCUGGAUGUACAGCGCAAACUAACCACACGAAGGCAGUGCAGUCUUCAAUGUGCUCACUCUGGAUGUUGCAUGUUUCGUUGGUGGCUCAUAAUAUUUUUGUGUCCGGAUUACGAUUAGAAAAAAACUAGAAAAAGAAGAUGAAGUGUCUAGAACUAUUGAGCGGGAGCAGGGAGGGGAGGGGGGGGGGUUUAUUCAUGAUUAUGAUAUGCUGACUGUACAAAGAUGAUGCUCGUCUGUUUUGUUUUUCACUUGUAAGAAAAAAUUAAUUGACCGUCUUUUGGUUUUGUGAUUGUGUACAGGAGGUACUGAUACAUUAUGCAAAUUGUGCUGUAAAGAAAUGGCUGUUAUCCCUCCUCCUCCCCGUGUGGAAAUAUAUUAAAUAUGAGUACAAAUCAA